UCUACUUCACAUGCUCUCAAUUCCAUUAAUCCAUUGAGAACAAAGACAAAACUUAAUUGGAUUUGAGUCUUGAGAUACCUCCAACUUCUCUCUCUCUCUCUCCAUUAUUUUUCUGGUUCUCCACAAUCCUUCACUGGAUAUGAUAUCAUCUUCUUCCCUCCAAAUCAAAUCCAACCAUUGGAUACCAACUUGUUCAUCUUCUUUGUUGUUUUCUAUCUAUCAAUAAUUUGUCCAAUAAAUUUGCAAAUAUAUAUAUUAUAUUGGGUUAUAUAUCUCUUUAUAUUGUUCUUCUUUGGGGGGUGUAUUAUAUGUUAAACUCUGUUAUUUGCUCUGUUCAUGGAUGCUACAACAGCUCAAAUCCUUCAAAACAAUUACAGCAGCAAUGAGAGCAACAACAAUGAAGUUAGCAGGAAAGAAAUUCAAGCAGCUUUUUCCAAAGCAGUGGAGCUCAGAGCCCUCCAUUCUGCUCUGAUGCAAGGCAACAGCCCUGCCAAUCUCAGAUUCCCCUCUCCUUCCCCUGUUCCCCACCAUGUUUCUCACUUAUCUGCCCAUGAUUACCCUGUUUUUACCCCUAGUUAUGACGAUGAACCACUACCGGGGUAUCAACAAAUUCAACUAGACAGUCGAACUCUAUCAGAAUGUUGGGAUGAAUAUGGGCUUGGAGAAGGAAAUGGCGAUGAAACCGUCUUAUCAGAUUAUACAAAGGCAAAUGCAUCUUCAAGGAAGGGAUUGUCAUCUGAAUUGGCCAAUCUAGAACCUCCACAUUUGUCCCCGGCUGAAGAGCAAAAGCUCCCAGUGGUCAAUUGCCCAACCAACAUUACAGUGCUUGGAACAUCCCCUGGCACAGAAUUUUACAAAUCAAGCAGGAGAAACAGUUUGGGUGAUUUCAGAUCUAUCUCUUCUUGCAAUAAAUGCAAACCUGCAACCAUAAGCAGAGAAACCGAUAAUGCUAUCAAGAACAGCAAGAAUUCCAAUACUGUUGUGCCAUUGACAGACUCACAUUCUUCUCUUCAGUCUCAACCCAAAAACCGUGGAUUGAACAUUUCGUGGUUUUUUCCAAGGUUAAAGAAGAAGCACAGGAAUGGAAAUUCGCCAAAUAGGAUAGAAACGGAGGAAGUUUCCCAAGUUUUUAAGGACUUGGGGAUAAUGCCGAUUGAGAGAUUGAAGAAAGAGCUUAUGGAAGCGAAUGAGAGUAGAGAUGCAGCCCUAAUGGAGGUCGCGGAGAUGAAAUCUUCUUUGGGGGAUCUAAAACAGAAGUUGGAGUACUUGGAGACUUACUGUGAAGAACUGAAAAAGGCCUUGAGGCAAGCAAUAGAAACAAAUGAUUACCAAGUUCCCGAAAAGCUUGUGGGUAGAGGCAAAUCCAUUGAUGGGAAUGGAGAAAAUUUUGUGGCCAUUAACAGUGAGGAAGCAAUGGUGGAAGGUUUCUUGCAAAUAGUAUCGGAAGCUAGGUUAUCGGUAAGGCAUUUUUGCAAGAACCUUGUUAGCCAGAUUGAAGAAACUGAUAAUACUUUGAUGGAGAACUUAAACUUGCUUCUUCAACCAUACAAGCUGUCUCUGAAUUCAAAGUACUCAAAGGCUGUGUUGUACCAUUUGGAGGCUAUCAUAAACCAAUCACUCUACCAAGACUUUGAGAACUGUGUCUUUCAAAAGAAUGGCUCACCAAAGCUCUUAGACCCUCAUCAAGAUCGCCAAGCAAGGUUCUCAUCGUUUGUUGCACUAAGAAAUCUGAGUUGGAAUGAAGUGUUGAGAAAAGGAACCAAGUAUUACAGUGAAGAGUUCAGCAAGUACUGUGAUCAGAAGAUGAGCUGCAUUAUCACCACUCUGAAUUGGACAAGGCCAUGGCCUGAACAACUACUUCAAUCAUUUUUUGUAGCUGCAAAAUGCAUAUGGUUGCUUCAUUUGCUUGCAUUUUCAUUCAACCCACCAUUGGGAAUUCUAAGGGUUGAAGAGAACAGAAGCUUUGAUCCCCAUUUCAUGGAGGACAUUUUCAUGGAUAGGCAAAGAUCGUAUGGUCCAAGCCGGGUUAAAAUUAUGGUGAUGCCAGGGUUUUAUGUGCAGGAAAGAGUACUUAGGUGUAAGGUUGUUUGCAGGUAUAAAUCUGUAGCCUAAGUUUAUUUAUUUAUUUUCUUUGGGUGAAUCUGGCUUGUAACUUUUCCAAGUUGUGUUGAUAAUUGUUUCAAAUGGGAUUCUACAACUACUCAAAUGGAUUGGGUAUGGUACUUAGUUGAAGAUUGGAAGGGCGAGUCGAUAAAUUGGAAGCUUUCUUACCAUGCUUUAUAUAUUUGUGCCACAAAAACAUUUCUGCACUUUGUUUAAUUAAGCAAUUAUGUAGCAAAGACAUGGUAUGAUGAACUGCCUUGUGACAAGGAUAGAAUUGUACACGAAAGUUAGUUUUAUA